AUGGGCGUCCAGUACGGGUUCGGCCGCCACGUGUGGGAUAUCAAUCCGGAUCAUACCGCCACUGUCAUUAUGUAUGACUAUCUCACGCAGACAUUUGGUAUUGCUGGAGGUACCUUAGGUCGAAUUGCCUUCAUCGUGUUCGUGGUUGGGCUUCUUGGAACCAAAAAGGCCUAUAGAGUGAUCCUGUGGGUUCUUGUUGCGCUACAGGUCGUGACCAACGGGAUGUUCAUCAUCAUACUCUUUGUCCAAUGUCCGGGACAUGCUUCGGCUAUCUGGUCACAAGACGGAAAAGGAAAAUGCUGGGAUGUUCGCGUUCAAGCUUACUACGGGUACUACCAAGGCUCUUUUAACUCAGCUACAGACCUAUACCUUGCAGUUUUCUCCACUUACAUUUUUUGGAAUCUGAACUUGAAGUUACAGGUCAAGAUGGGUCUAGUUACACUUCUUGGAUUGGGACUUUUUGCGAUGGUUGCUUCCAUAAUCAAAACCGUGCAAACUCGAAUUCUCGCCCACGCAGAUGACGACCCAACCACGGCAACCAUCAGUCUAGAUCGCUGGCUAUACAUCGAAACAUACUUGGUCAUUAUUACAGCAUCGAUCCCCUGCAUCCGGUCCCUUUUGAGGCCUUUUGGAAGGCAAACAACUGGGACUGGGCAGAGUACAUAUGAAUUAGGGUCUCCAUAUGCAGGAAGAUCCGGCGCUCGAUCCAGGAGGUUAACACCCACUGUACCUGGGAAGGGGAUGAUGCGUAUAUCGGAUAGGAAUGCUAGCGCGGAUGAUAUUUCGGAAUGGGAUGGAACGGACAGCGACCGGGUGGAUGAGCCUGCAGCCUCAAAGAAGUCAAUACAUGUCUACGUGUAG